UGCCUCACUUGGGAUCGCCUUGACUGGGAUAGUGUGGCCGCCUUCUUCCUCUCGCCGUCCGAGAAACUCGUGUCAUCUCCGAUUCUCGAAAUUGUGAGCUGCUAGGCUCUCCUGGGAGCCCCCGCUCUGAAAGAUCACUAAAAUCUCAGGGAUCCGUUCCUUUGAUUCCUCCAACCCGGAUCGAUCGUUCUGAAUUUCUGUUCAACUCGCUAUCUACCCCCUUCCGUCUCGAAUUAUUCCACUCUCUCCUCUGCAAUCAUGGCCGGUCAAUCGAAGCCCGCGCUCUCACCCUGGGGAAGUGCCGUGGCUGGUGCCACCGGAGCCGUUCUAGCGAACGCCUUAGUCUACCCUCUCGAUCUGGUCAAGACCAAACUUCAGGUGCAAGUGAAGAGACCAGGCGACUCGAAAGAUGCGGACGCCAAUGACACAGUCCACUACAAAUCGACAUUGGAUGCCAUCAACAAGAUCGUGGAGAAGGAGGGAAUCGAGGGCCUAUAUUCCGGAAUUGCCGGCUCGCUGAUCGGUGUGGCAUCAACCAACUUCGCCUACUUCUACUGGUACACUGUCGUGCGGUCCUUCUACAUGGCAUCCAACAGAGUCCCGAAGCCUCCGGGAACUGCCAUCGAGCUCUCCCUCGGCGCCGUGGCGGGCGCAGUCGCCCAGAUCUUCACCAUCCCCGUCGCAGUUAUCACCACAAGGCAACAGACACAACCUAAAGGGGAGAGAAAGGGUCUGAUUGAAACCGGGAGGGAGGUUGUAGAGAGUGAAGAUGGGUGGUCUGGACUCUGGAGAGGACUUAAAGCCAGUUUGAUCCUGGUGAUCAAUCCCGCUAUUACCUACGGUGCCUACCAGCGCCUAAAGGACGUUCUCUUCCCGGGCAGGAACAAUUUGAAACCCUGGGAGGCUUUCCUUCUCGGCGCCCUAUCCAAGGCCAUGGCCACGAUCGCGACUCAGCCAUUAAUCGUGGCCAAGGUUGGUCUUCAGUCACGGCCACCUCCGGGUCGCGAAGGGAAGCCCUUCAAGACAUUUGGUGAAGUCAUGCGUUAUAUUGUUCAACACGAGGGGCUUCUGUCCCUAUUCAAGGGAAUUGGGCCCCAGAUCAUGAAAGGACUGCUUGUGCAAGGCUUCCUGAUGAUGACCAAGGAGAGGGUUGAGCUCAUCUUCGUUCUUCUCUUCGCAUACCUGCGUAAAGUCCGAGAGCAGAAGCUCAAGAAGGUGGUGGACUCUGCUGCAUCGACAGCCAAGACCAGUCUCCCCGCGACGCUCAAAUAGACGCACGAUUGAACCUCGACACGUUAAUACCGCUUAUCUUUGUACGAAUUCCUUUCUUUCUUUCUUUCUUUCUUUCUUUCUUUCUUUCUUUCUUUCUGUGGCGCACCGGUUGUGGAUAUUUCAUCUGUCAGGCUCUGUUUUGAAGACCGAAGAUACUUAGUUGUCGAUACAUAAUGGCAGCAUGUCACUUAGAACAUACAAUAGCAUCGAGGAUCUACAGAAUAAAACAUGAACUAGCUGGACCUGGUG